GUUUAGCUAAAGCCAAUCGUCAACUCAUCAUGAAAUUCGUUCUACUUGCGGUUAUAGCUUUAGUAGUACCAUCAUGUUACGAAUCUCUUUUUUUAUUAGGUCAUCUAGCUAGAAAGAUCAGGUGCUUGAAGAGCGGACGGUAUUUUAAUUUUGGCCAAUUUGAGGACCCGUCUGACCACGGCGUGAUAUGCGAUUGUUCAUACCAUGGUCGUUACACGUGCAGACGCAAGGAAUGUCCGCCUGCUAACUGCGGCACGGCCCUUCAGACAACCUCUGGAUCGUGUGUCCAGUGCGCUCCGCAGUGCGCCACUACGAGAUGUCCGGACCUCAAGUGUCCUGUGAACGAGCGAUUCUACCCUCCAAGUUCUUGCUGCCAAAAAUGUUACGACCCUAAGUCCGACAGCAGUAGCUCCGACUCAUCUCACCAUGACACGUCAAAGACAUCCAGGAAGGUAAAAAUCCAUGUUCACUCAGACAGCAGUGACUCUAACCCGUCGACUCGUGUCAUUAAGACAUCCAAGGACUUGAAUAUCCACAUUCACAAGGACAAUACAUCGGGAACAAAAGACCACCAUACCUCGAAAUCAAGCAGUGAUAGACGCAGAAACCCUCAAAGAUACAGGCGGGAAGGGGACAGUAAUGAGGAAGACGAAGAAACACAGUCUUCUAAUUAAAGCUGCACUUAUAAA